AUGGUUGUUUUACCUGAAAUGUGGGCCCUGUAUGGCAGUUUAGAAGUGGAGGCAGUCUGUCCGAUUUGCUUGGACUUUUACUCUAGACCUAUUUAUCUCUCCUGUGCACACGUAUUCUGCUUUGACUGCGCUGAGAAUUGGAUGGCAAGAAAGGAAGAUUUGAUAUUGACCUGUCCCAUGUGUCGAGAAGAAAACAAGAGACCAGUUGUGCAUGAAUGGGUUAUUAGAGAGCUGAUCAUUCUUAUUAAGCAGCAUGGCUCCCUCCUGAAGCAACAAAUGGGGCAGAUCACUGGACUCCUGAGGUUGUGUGCAGAGGCUGCGGCUCUGGAAGCUGACACUGGUGACUCCUCCUUGGUACUCUCUGAUGAUUUAAGGCAUGUGUGCUGGGAGAAGCCUGGUCACAGUUUGGUGGAAGAUCCCCCAAGAUUCAUCCCUUUAGCCAGUGUCCUGGACAGCUCCCACUUCUCUUCUGUCUGCCAAGAAGUUGAUGCCAGGGAAGAGAAAGAGUGGACUCCAGAUGUUUGUAAGGAGCCCGUGAGCAGGAGGAACGAUGGUCAUAAUUUGGUAGAAGAUCCCAGGAGAUUCUCCACACUGGCCUGUGUCCUGGACAGCUCCCACAUCUAUUUGGUCUGCCAAGAAGUUGAUGCCAAGGAAGAGAAAGAGUGGACUCCAACUGUUUGUAAGGAGCCUGUGAGCAGGAGGAACCUUGGUCAUAACUUGGUAGAAGAUCCCAGGAGAUUCAUCCCACUGGCCUGUGUCCUGGACAGCUCCCACAUCUAUUCGGUCUGCCAAGAAGUUGAUGUUGGGGAAGAGAAAGAGUGGAUUCCGACUGUUUGCAAGGAGCCAGUGAGCAGGAGGAACCAUGGUCGUAACUUGGAAGAUCCCAGGACACUCACCCCACAGGCCUGUAUCCUGGACAGCUGCCAUAUCUGUUCAGUCUGGCAUUGGGAAAUUGAUAGGUGGAAAGGGAAAUGUAAAGAGUUCUCUCUGUAUCUCCUUUGUGGACUCUUCGAGACCAUGCCUUUGUUCUGA